AUGAUCGCCGGAAAAGGAACGCGACAACAGCGACAACGAAAAUCUGUUCCACAAUCAUCUGAACAACAGUUACCACGAUCCUGUUUACCAACACAACAACGCCCACAGUUCAGUCAAGGACAGAAACGAUACCGUUUCGAACCCGAUCAUCCAGUAUGGUGUGGGAGGCAAUUUGCGGACAGCGGUUACUUGGCUUGCACGUUUUGUUGUAGUAGGGGAAUUUGGGAUGCAGGAUAUAAUAAAGUUCUUUAUCCAUAUGCAAACAAUGAUCUCAGAGCUCGUACACAUGUCGGUUAUCUCAAAGCAGCUCGAGAAGUGCGCAAAUCAACUGGUGGUGAAGAAGUAGCUGUGGAUCGAAUAAAACGUCUAGCAUCUUUGCUUCAAAUAUUUAAUUAUCCUACACAGAUCAUUUAUGACUGUAUACAUCUUGUGUGUUUGGGUCAUAUUCCGUCUUUAAUUAAUCGAUGGUGUUCGCGCAUAGACAAAAAUACAAUACUGAAGAUCGACAAUAAACUUCAACAAUUAGGUAUUCCUCACAACAUGAAAGUUGGUUUUCUUGAAUCUAUUAAAAUGGCGUCGCAAUGGAAAGCUAAAAAGUCUCGUCUGUUUGUGUCACACGUCGGAGUCCCUAUAAUGGCUACUCAUCUACCAACUCUUCUUGUCUCUCAUUUUGUUAUAUUUAUGUAUUGUCGUUAUUAA